AUGAUUAAGGUGUAUUUUUUUUACAAUUAAUUAAUUGGAGAUUAAUUGUGUGUGUAUAAUUUACCUGGAUUAGAAGCUCUUUGGUUUUAUGAUAUUAAACAUGUUGAGGCUGAAAUUUAAUUAGAGAGGUUUAAUAGAGAACUAUACCCUGCAGUAACCGGUAUGGGAAUCUCCAAGACAAGUUUGUUAAGCAGUGUUGUUCCACCCGUAGCCAGUCUGAGCCAGCGGACGGGCCAGUUUCCUCUGAAGGGGCUCAUACAGUCUGGAUCCUAGACUAAGAAUCAUGUUUGUAGCCAGUCUGAGCCAGCGGACGGGCCAGUUUCCUCUGAAGGGACUUAUACAGUCUGGAUCCAAGACCAACCGCCAUUUGUUUGGUUGUAAAACUCUCCCUGGUGGCUUGUUCAGACAGCACAUCUGUUUAUGAGUGCUUUAAAAAUGUUCUGUUUAUGAUCUUGGCAUGAAUAUAUACAGUUUGUUCAGGCAAUAUUCAUGAGGUGAAAUGUUGGACACAUUUUAUUGGAAUUGUUUUGUCACUUCAGCUGAGAAUAUACUUUUAUAUUUUCAAUGAAACAAUAUGAUAAAUGGGCAGAAUAAUAUGUAGACAGGGAUCAAACAUUACUUAGACUAACCUGCGUCAUAUUGAUGAAAUAAUUUUUUCAAAUGUAGCCUUGGCCAUGGGACAGGAAUACUAACUCAAGACCUGGGGAAUGGCAGAUAGCCUAGCGGUUAAGAGCGUUGGGCCAGGGACUGAGAGGUCACUGGUUCGAAUCCCCAAGCUGACUAAGUGUGUCUUUGAGCAAGCCAAUUCAUCCUAAUUGACCUGGGUAAACGCGUUGCCUAAAUGACUCAAACGUAAUUGUCUCUCCAUUACCCUGUAAUUCAACCUUUCUGUUAUUGGCAGCAGGUGGUUAAGAGCGUUGUGCCAGUAAUUGAAAGGUCGCUGGUUCUAAUCCCCGAGCCGACUAGGUGAAAAAUCUGCCGAUGUGCCCUUGAGCAAGGCACUUAACCCUAAUUGCUCUGGAUAAGAGCGUCUGCUAAAUGACUAAAUUGUACAAUCUGACAGCCCUAAAAAUAAUCAAAUUAAACUUUAUUUGUCACAUGCGCCGACCUUUUAGCACAUUCAGGAGGUGCAACACUUAUCUAGCCCUGUAGGGGAUUUGGGUCUAUUACGUCAGGGAGUUAGUUAGGACAGGUUGGAAAUGAAAAUAUUAAGGACAUGAAGCUAAUUAUGACUUUGUUCCUUGGGGUGAAUUAAUACUGCUUAUGUAACAGACUAUUAUUCCCCUGUAACUGUUGCUGCUUCAACCCAAUGCUAAGAAGUGUUUUUAAUUGUCCCAGCUAUGGUAGCCUACUCAGAAAACAUACAUAUUUGAUGCUUUAGGGAUGUCUGUUCUCUACCUACAUGGUUUAUUGUGUUACCCAAGGUCAUAGCGUUUGACCGUACCAAACUAAAAUAUGUAUUAUGUACAGUGUAUCAAAGUGCAUGACACUAACUCCUCUCUGUCCCUCACAUCUAGGCCUACUCCCAGACCCAGAAUUCCACUGCAAUGCUUCCCCUAGCAGAACCCACAGACCUAGAGCCGUACAACCGGACCCAGUACUGCCACUGGCCCUGUGAGUGCCCCCCGGUCCUCCCCUCCUGCCCCCCAGGGGUGAGCCUGCUCAUGGACGGCUGUGACUGCUGCAAGGCCUGCGCCAGGCAGGCGGGGGAGGGGUGCAACGAGGCAGACGCCUGUGACUACCAUAAGGGACUGUACUGUGACUACAGCUCGGACAAGCCUAGGUACGAAAAAGGAGUGUGUGCCUGUAAGUGUCAAUCUAACCUACUGAAGACUGUUGUCUUACAUCAGAUCGCGUCACUCCUACGCCACACUUGUCCCUCAACCGAGUGUAGGCGGAAUCGACCCGCUAUCUGACGUAAGACAAUGACUUAAGACACCAGUUAUAAGUCACAGUAACACUGCUAUGAUCGUAUCCCAGCACACUAAUUGCACAUCUAGUAAAGUGUAAUCCUCGAAGAAAAUGAGAAAUGCAAUGACAAAGUAACAAUUAUCAAAGGAAAUCAUAUUACCCGAUGUCAUGACAUGUUCGUUUUUGUUCAGACAUCACUAAAAACAAAAGCUGCUACAUUACCUUGUCAUCGUUACCUUAUUCACUGUGUGUCUCUCUGUGAUGUAAGACUGCUGUCCUGACCUUCUUUGACAGAUAUGGUUGGUACGGGCUGUGAGCAUGACGGUGUGAUCUACCGGAAUGGGCAGAGCUUCAAGCCCAGCUGUAAAUACCAGUGUCUGUGUGUGAACGGGGCCAUCGGGUGCGUGACCCUGUGUACAGACUCCCAGCCUCCCCGGGUGUGGUGCCAGAACCCGAGGAGGGUUAAGAUCCCCGGACGCUGCUGUGAACAGUGGAUCUGUGACGAGCCCAAGAAGGGGAGGAAGACUGCUCCAAGACAUGCAGUGGAGGGUAGGACACAGAUCCAUCAAUCAAUCAAUCAAUCAAUCAAUCAAUCAAGGUUAAGUUCAUGUUUUAUUAUGCCCUUUGAAAGUAUCAUAAUAUGUACAUAGGGAUGUGUUUUGUAAGAGCUCUCAACAAUCAAUAAUUUAAUAAAUCAAUCAUCAAUGGUGGCUGGUGUCACUUUAAAUGAGAGGACAUGCUCUUACUAAUAGCUGGAAUGGAAUGAAUGGAACAGUAUGAUACCAUCCCAUUCCAGUCAUUACUAUGAGCUGUCCUCCCGUCACCAGCAUCCACUGCAGUCUGAUACAGUUGACAUUGUAUGUAUUGAGAAUCUUAAAACACUAUAAUAACACAGGUGCAUAUUGGGUAUUACUUUGUGAAUUGUGAAGCAAAAUAGUUUAAGGACUUGAGAGUAGCUCACAGGUAGUACUGCUGUUGCAGCAGUAUGUUGUGUGGGCUCUUGGAACAAUAUCAGCGGUGGACUAGGUUGUUACUCCAGGGAGGACCAGAGGUGGCGCUGUGUAAGGGAAGACCAAGCCCUUUUCCUGUACGCUCUCUCUCUCUCCCGCUCUGUGUGUCUCAGUGUUAUUUUUGGGUAGUUCAAGUGCUCAGCGAUCCUGGCCAGUAGUGUGCAAAGCCAAAAGAGAACUUGGAUUUACUAGGGAAUGUUUGUUUUGGUUAAAAAUACAAAAUAGCAACGAGACCUGUCACCCUUGCACAACUUAACUAUCAAUCUUGAAGGUAAAAGCACUUCUCAUGGCAACAAGCUAUUAGGUCCAGUUUUGAUGAAUAAUUAUAUCACUGCCCAUAUUCAAUUGUUAUUAUCUCUCCCUCUUGCCUCUCAUGUUCAUGUUAGUUAUCUCUCUCGUAUCUCUCUCUACGCUAUCUCUCUAUCUAUCUCUCUAUCUCUCUCUCGAUCUCUCUCUCUCUCUCUCUCUCUCUCUCUCUCUCUCUCUCUCUCUCUCUCUCUCUCUCUCUCUCUCUCUCUCUCUCUGUCAAAAUAGCUCUUCCUGCUGAGGCUCAGGGCCAGAGCAGGAACUGUGUGAUCCAGACCACUUCAUGGAGUAUCUGUUCUAAGACAUGUGGUCGAGGUCUGUCACUGCGCGUAUCCAACGCCAACGAGAGGUGUGAGAUGGUGAAAGAGUCCCGCCUCUGCAACAUACGGCCCUGUGAGGUGGACAUCACCAAGCACAUCAAGGUACUGACGUGCACAGACUCACAUGCACGCUCAAAUAUGCAUGCACACGUGGACACAGACACACAUGCGCUCUCAAAUAUGCACUCACACGUGGACACAGACACACGUACACUCCCAAAUAUGCACGCACACGUGGACACAUGCAUACGCAUGCAUUGCAUAGAGGUCAAAUGUUUGUUCAUGAUAUCUAUAUUGAAGAGUUCACAUUGAAAAAUACAACAUUCCCAAGAUUAUAGGAACAUUACAAAGAAACGAUCAAUAGCAUUGAUUCAAUCAUUCAACUCGUCCUCUUUCUCUUAUCUCUCUCAGCCAGGGAAGAAGUGUCUGAACAUCUACAGAGAAGAGCAGCCAAAAAACUUCACCAUCUCAGGCUGUGUCAGUAAGCAGCCUUACCGGCCUAAAUACUGUGGUGUCUGCAUGGCCACGGACGAUCGCUGCUGCAUUCCCUACAAGUCCAAGACCAUCUACGUGGAGUUUGUGUGUCCCAACGGGGCCGUGUUCACCUGGCAGGUCAUGUGGAUCAACGCCUGCUUCUGUAACCUCAGUUGCAGGAACCCCAACAACAUAUUCGCCGAGCUGGAGAAUUACUAUGGCUACCCUGAGGUCGUGAACUGAGACAUUUCAAUAAUAAGCCUUAAGCUUAUUAAGGGCUCUAUUCAAUCUGUAUCGCUGAAGCGUUACAGAUUCCGCGAUAGAAAUGUAAAGGUAAUUUCUGAUUGAGCCGACAUAUGCAGCGUUGACCGUGAAUGCAGUCUCUGCUAACAUGGGAACAUUGCCUUUAAAUUUCAAUCACGCCGUAACGCUGAACUUCGGCGAUACGGAUUAGAGCCCUAAACUUCCAUCUGCCUACAUUUUUAUUUUAUUUUCCCUUCCUCAACCGUUUUUGUUUUGUCAGAACUUCAGAAACGUUGUUAUAUAUGAUGUUUGUAUACAUAAAGGCUGGUAUUCAAUCCAAGGUGCGUUAUAGUGCAGAACAUACAGCAGACAGUCCGCCCAUUUGAAUGCACUUUCACUGCAUUCGCGGAGAUGGCAUUCAUGGUAAAUGCUCCGAUUGUCAGCUCAAGCGUAAAUUACCUUUAAAAGUCUGUUAUUGUGUGCUGCUCUAUAUCUCACAUUGGAUUGAAUCCAUUGGAUUUGAAUCCCGGCCAAAGUAUUUUUCUUACAAGGGGAUAUUUCUUAUGCUUUUUUUCCUAUAGAAAAAAUAAAGUGUUUUAAACUUCAGAUGAUUUUUUUCAGGAUGUCUUUAUGGUCUGUAUAGGGUUGCUAUGGGAAUGAGCGUAUUGACUUAGCUACAAGUAAACCAACUGUGUGAAAUAUUUUAGUUUGAAUUUAUUCAAUACUAAAUGAUUUUUAAAAGUUUGCUAUACAGGUAUUUUUUAUACUCACAGUAACAAGUUUCACGAAAUCUCGUCCAUACUCAUGUAAAGAUUGGUUUGAUCGUGUGGCUCUGAAUUGAAUAAUGAGUAAGAGAUGGCGUGAGAUGCUACCAUAUACUAUGUACCAUAUACUGUAGAUAUGGUUAAAGAUCCGUCUGUGGAACUGUGGUAUCAUUCUUACAAGGUCACAUUCUACUUAACGAUCAUUGAAGUAAUCACAACACCAGGACAAAAAGUUAUGUUUUUAUUUUUUUAAAAUAAAUACAAACUGUUAUGCCAUUUAAUGCUUCUCGUCUACAGCAUUAGGCAGUUGUGCGUCUUUACAAAGCGAUGUAAGCCUGUGUUCUACAAAGCCGGAAAGUGUUGCACUGGUGCAAGUAAGAGUGGGAAAGGGUUUCUGAUACGUUCUAUGGAUAACUAUCCUCAUAUUACAUUAUGUGGAUCUAUCAGCUUGACUCUCUCAAAUCCAUCACAACAAAGGAGUUUUAUUAAGUCAGAGAAGGUUUCCAUGGCAACAUCAUCUUUGUUCUGCUGUGCUUGAUUGCAUAGAAAACAUCAUUUACAUACACAAAAAUAAGAUCAAAAAUAUAAACUUUUGCCUGAAGCCAUGAUCUGUUAAUAAAGCAAUAAGAUGCAAAGCUGUUUGAUUUAGUUUUUGUUGUGUUUCAUUAAUGAAAAGGAUAGCGUAUUUUGGAAUGUUCUAGAAUAGAACGGCUACAAUUGUUUGAUUCCACAGUUGACAUAUACAGAACAUCCAGGAGACUGUUAACUCAAAAUGAAUGGACAACAUCAUUAAACAGAGGAAUGGUUACAGGAAUGUGUUGUAUGUACAUGAUACAUUUCCGAUUCCCUCCUUCCCACGGUUUCAAAGACGAACAGCAAUUUGAGCAAAAACAAUUAUCCACUUUCCUCCCUAUUCUUACUCCACAUCUAGGCCUAACAUUAACCUCUCCUAUAUCACACAGAACAGCAAUUAUAACAUUGAAAAGUUAAUGAUGAACAAUUACAAUGAGAACAGAAAGAAACACUCAUUUACAGUCAGGUACACAUUUAAGCAAACUGUGUCAGAUGUGAUAAAAUACUACAAAACAAAAAAUUCCUAAUGAGAGAUUUAAAAGAAAAAUGUACAAACUGGUAUACUAGGUACUCGCUCUGGAGCCACAGCUUUCUCCUACUUUCUCCGUUGCGGUGUCGCUCUGGAGCCACAGCUUUCUCCCACAUUCUCUGUUGCUGUGUCGCUCUGCAGCCACAGCUUUCUCCCACAUUCUCCGUUGCGGUGUCGCUCGGCUGCGUUGCCCCUAACACCUAGAUAUUCCACCUGACUCUGCAGAUGGGAAGGGAUCAGUUUAUUUUUUUUUUUUUUUUUUCUCUACGGAAUUUCCUUUAUUAUGCAGUAGUAUGUACUUGCAUAUCCUUACUAAAAAACCUCUUUGCAUAACUCUUUGGCAUAGAGAAAACAUUCUCUAAUUGGAGGCAUCCCAAUUGCAUUGAAUGGUAUGGAAUCCUGUGUGUGUGUGUAGUUAGUGGCAGCGCAGCAGGAACCAGGGGGCAGGGGAUCGGAGGUUAAAGGUCGAGGGUAAGGGUCGUCUAGCAGGACACUUCGGUGGACUUGAGAGCCGCGGUGCUGUUCGCUGUGCCUUCCAUACUGUCCGUGUGGGAGCGGCCACGCUUCUCGUUGGUGUGUGACCGGCUUCGGUUGCCCUCGUUGGUGUGAGACCGGCUCCUGUUGCCGUCCAUUGAGUGGAUGCUGGAUCCGGACGCCGUGCGAGAGCGGACCAGUCUGGUCAUGCUGGCAGCAGGCACUGAGGAGAGGAGGAGGAGCAAGAGGAGAGGAGGAGGAGCCAUAGGAGGA